AUGGAAGAUGUUGUGUCGCCAGCCCAAUCACUCAGUAAGAUCAAGCACAUUAUACUUGUCCUCUCGGGCAAAGGUGGUGUGGGUAAGAGCUCGGUAACCACCCAAACAGCGCUAACGCUGUGUAAUAUGGGUCUCAAAGUUGGCGUUUUGGACGUAGAUUUGACCGGACCAUCGCUUCCUAGAAUGUUUGGGUUAGAAAAUAGGUCAAUUAUGCAGUCUCGGGAAGGCUGGCUGCCUGUUUCUGUCAAAGUGCCAGUGUCGUGUAAAGGGUCCUUAAGUGUCGUAUCACUUGGAUUUCUGCUCGACGAUAGAGGAAAUAGCGUUGUUUGGAGGGGCCCGAAAAAGACUGCCAUGAUCAAACAAUUUAUAACCGACGUCGCUUGGGGUGAAUUGGAUUAUCUCAUAAUUGACACACCACCCGGUACUUCAGAUGAGCACAUUUCUUUAGCAGAGCAGUUAAGGUGGUGCAAACCAGACGGAGCCAUUAUAGUCACCACACCUCAAAACGUUGCCGUCGCAGACGUGAAGAAGGAGAUCAAUUUUUGCCGAAAGGUUGAACUCAACAUCUUGGGUAUAGUGGAAAAUAUGUCAGGGUUUAUCUGUCCACAUUGUGCAGAAUGCACAAAUAUCUUCUCCAGCGGUGGUGGUAAAAGGCUUGCGGAUCAAUUUUCCGUACCGUAUUUAGGCAACAUCCCGAUAGAUCCACGAUUCGUUGAGAUGGUGGAGAACCAGGGUGCGUCGAAACCUUCGUUGGCUGAGCUCUAUAAAGAUUCUUCUUUGUUCGAGAUUUUUCAGCUCAUUCUUCGGAAGGUGCUGGACCAGAAUCAUCCGCCAAGGGUGUAA